AUGACUUCCAGGCAGUACGAAGAGAUGCUGCAGAGGGCAAAUCUCAGCGACAUGGCUGAAAGAUACGACGACAUGGCAAGUGAAAUGAAGCUUGCUGUGGCAUUGGCACACGAAAACAAGCAUGUACUCAAUGUAAACGCAAGGAACCUAUUCUCAGUGGCAUACAAAAACUUGGUAAGCUCAAGACGAUCGAGCUGGAGGAUCCUGUGCUCUGAAAAACAAAAAGUAGAAGGAAAAGGGCCAGAGAUUGUGAGUGUGAUUGAAGAGAAGAUAAAGAUCGUUGAAAAUGAACUGCUGAAGUUCUGCGAUGAGGUUUUAGAUAUCAUAUCCACAUACAUCCUGAGUCUUGAUGAUGCAAAGAGGAAUGCUGAGUACUGUAUAUUUUUUCUAAAGAUGAAGGGAGAUUACUACAGAUACAAGGCUGAAGUUGUAGGUGGAUCUGAACACAAAGAUGCUUCUAAGUGCGCGGCAGAGUCUUAUGAAGAGGCAACGAACAAGGCAAAGCCUCUGCCAUCCACAAACCCCAUAAAGCUAGGUCUUGCACUCAACUACUCAGUGUUUCACUAUGAAAUCCUGAACGAUUCUGACAAAGCAUGCCAGAUUGCAAAGAGUGCAUUCGAUGAAGCAAUCAAAGAGUUGGAUGCAUUGUCUGAAGAGCAUUACCGGGAUUCCACACUGAUAAUGCAGCUUCUGAGAGACAACUUGACACUCUGGACAUCGCGUGAGGAAACUGGAGCAAUGGGAGACGAGGGUGCAAAAGGAGAACCUGACGAAUAA